AUUAGAAAUGAAGUCCACUAUUAUAUUGGGCAACAUUCAGGGUUAAUUAUAGCGGACUGUCGAAGGCCCAAGUUAAAAACAUUAAGUCUGCUUGGAAUGUAAUUAAAGAGUUUUUCUAUAAAAAAAAAUUAAAAGAAAUAGACCGACAGAUGUGAGAUGACGACCGUCGAUGCCUUGUUAGUUGACGCAUUCCCAUCGCUAUCACCGUUUACGCGUUUUCUUGAAUUCAUUGAUUCAUUCCUUAAUUUGUCACCACUCCCCCCCACCUGUUUUCAUCUUCCUUCCUCUCUUCUCCAAAUUUUUUUCUGUGCAAUUUGGCUUUGAAUUAUCCAAUUCUCAAUGGCUAAUUCUGAGGAAUCCAAUCCCCUCCUGCCAAAGCAAGAAUCAGCUGUUGAGGCCACCCUAAAAAAUGAUGCGCAAAAGGUCUCCACCGACAAGAACCAGGCUCUUGACGCCGGUAAACAAUCUGUAGAUCCGUCCCCAAUGGAUUGGACCGCCGAGGGCUUGCCCCUUGCCCAUGGAAGCGUGGUAGGAGAGCCGAUCAUGGGUAGGAGGACCCCGUGGAACUCCAGCCUCUGCGCUUGUCUCGGACAGAACGAUGACUUCUGUAGCAGCGAUCUUGAAGUUUGUUUGCUGGGAAGUGUGGCACCUUGUGUCCUCUAUGGAAGCAAUGUGGAAAGACUUGGCUCAUCUCCCGGGUCUUUCGCAAAUCACUGCCUGUCGUACACAGGUUUGUACCUGAUAGGGAACUCGUUUUUUGGCUGGAACUGCUUAGCCCCCUGGUUUUCAUACAACAGCCGCACGGCUAUCAGGCGGAGAUUUAAUUUGGAGGUAUGCCAUAAUUUUGUACAUUUGAGCUCUGUGAUCCAUAAGGUGGUCGUAGACCCAUAUAAUUUCGUAUGUAUGUUUUCCAAGCUUGAAGAGAUUGAGAAAGCAGUUCUUAGUUGAUUUUGAAUGCUGGUGUGUGGUAUCCAUUUAGGUGAAUAUUGUUGAAGCUGCUAAAUACUAUUUCCUGAGCAGUUAUGAGUACUUUUUAUCUUCCACUAUCUUUCAGUUUGUUACAUUUGAAUACAAGAUGCCACAUUUUUGUGAUUGGUUUGUGAUAACACAUAAAAUUACACUAUUUAUAAAGUAUAUUGUGGUUUUCAGUUCCGUGACGGUUUAAGCACCAUUGACAGAUACGAUAUCUUUGUUUUCUUUUGACCAAGAUGAAACUAUAGUUUCUAUUAUUUCCAACUGCAAACAUGCUAUAGUAACUCCUGACUGCCUGUCAAAUUUAUUGCUUUUCCUUUUUAUCAUCAAGUGUUAAGUUUUGGAGUUGGCUAUUGAAGGUAUUAACUAUUUACUUGGUUGCUUGACUUUUACAGGGAAGCUGUGAGGCAUUUGUCAGAUCAUGCGGAUGCUGUGGAAGCUGUGUGGAGGAUGAUGUCCAUCGCGAGCAAUGUGAAAUGGCAUGCGACUUCGCAACCCAUGUUUUAUGCCAUGCCUGUGCACUUUGCCAGGAAGGUCGUGAGGUGCGUCGUAGGCUUCCUCAUCCUGGGCAUAAUGCCCAGCAGAUCUUGGUCAUGAUUCCUCCUGGUGAGCAGGUUAUGGGUCGAGGACCCUGAAUGCUAUUGGCGAUGCUUUGUAAGGAUAUGGUUAUUGAACCUAGUUAAUGUUGUAAAGAUGCUCCCGUGUUUUUCUGCUUUGUUGCUGAGAUACUUAUGAAAUAGAAACCGUGGAAACUUUUGUAACUCGUAUUACAGCCUGUGCCUGUGGUCUUGUGGACUGCAGAGUGCACAUUCUGCUUUUAUGUUUUGGAUUGUACCUUACUAUACUUUUAAUAUGUGAAUUUCAAACUUAUCUGUGUCCCAAGUAAAAAUAAAUCUCAUCUAUUCAAGUUCAU